AUGACUAUCUUCAGAAAGCCAAAGCUGGUCAUAUUCUUCUUCUGUGUUUUCACCACCUUUUCUUUGAACUCAAUCUCAUCCUUUGCUCUACCUAAGAAAAUCGCUUAUGCUGAUAAUUGUGCUUCAGUUGUUCCCGAGUCAACCCUGAAAGCGGACAGCAGAGAUCAUCGCCAUGAGUAUCUCCAUACAGGUUACUACUACACUGGUGGUGACACUGGCAAUGGUGAUCUUAGUGAUCCAUAUGGUUAUUAUUAUCAGCUCCAAAACUCAGUUGAAUUCCACGUCUGGAGUUUCGAAGAAACUGCUGUACAAGGCUUGUUCAAGCUCCGAGCAAAUCUUCAAUUUCCAAAGACCAGAACAUAUUACUACGUGGGAAACUCCACAAGUAGUAGUAGCUCCAGGUCUCGAUCAAUUCAUGCACAUCCAAGGUGGUCACUCAACUUUAGACUCCACGGGUUCUGGUCAGAAUCUUCUGGGAAGCUUUGUAUGGUUGGAUAUGGUAGUUACUCGAAGAAAGGUACUUCACUCAGUUACCCUGCUAUCCUUAAGCUCUAUAAUCUCAUCAAUUCCAGUAGUAUUACAAGUUUGAUUACUGGAACCAUAGAGUCUUUGAUCCCGAGUUCUGAUAUUGUCAAGGAUCCAAGAUAUUUUGAUCCAACCUCUAUUUUGAUGCUUCCUCGGAUGAACUACCAGUACACUUUGGUUUCAACUAACUCUAUUGAAGACACCUCUUUUGGUGACACUGAUGAUCAUGAUCCCUCGAGUUCUUUGAAAUUAGAGAACUUUUGUUCACAACUCUCAACAGUAGUACUAAAGAAUGAGUUUGAUCUCAAAUAUUCAAGCAAAUGUGUUUCUGCAAGGAAUUGUACUCCACUUGCUGGGGUAGAUCCUUUGCCUCGACUCGUGUCGUUUAAGGAUAUUGAUUGUAGGGAGAGAAAUAGAAGAUUGAGAGUUCUGGUGGAGUUCGCAGACAGCAGCAACAUGUGGUUUCAAAGGCCUUUCAAUCCCAACACAACUCUGGUUGCGGAAGGCUCAUGGGAUGCAAAGAAAAAUCAACUGGAAUUUGUUGCUUGUCAUUUCUUAGAGGCAGCAACAGAUUCUUUCAAUAAUUCUCAUGUGGGUGACUGUUCAACAAGAUUGAGCUUGAGAUUUCCUGCAACAUGGACAAUCGGAAACACUAGUACCGUUGUGGGGCAUAUUUGGAGCAACAAAUCCAAGACGGAGUCUGGUUACUUCGAAAAGAUCAGAUUCGAAACUUGUCAGCGUGAGGCCGGAAGGGUUGUAGUUCCAGGCACCAAAUAUGAGUAUACAAAACUUGACCAAGUAAACAAGUUGUGCUCAAGAAAGAAGACUGCUGCUAAUGGUCACAAAACCAAUGUGUACCCAAGUCCAAUUUCUUAUGAGAUGAGAUUCCGUAUGUCAGCUAGAAGAUCUAAGGGAUAUUUAGAUGCAUGGGGAAGUUCUGAACCUGUCUCUGUCGGCGAUAAGAUCUACGAGGAGCUUCCUUCUUCAACGCAAUAUAGUGGUUCAGCUGCAAUCGAUGAAGAUGAAAAUUACUCUCUAGGGAUAAUUUCCAGCUACAACAACAGCAACCCGUCCAAUAUUAGCUACAGAAUCAGCAUUCAAUUGCUGGGGCGAUCUGCUGGAAAGUUGGGCAACACAACGCAUAUGACGGAAAUGCACAUCUCUGCUGAAGGGAUAUAUGAUACAGAAGGAAGCCUGUGCAUGGUAGGCUGCCGAAAUGUUGGCUUAAACAGUGAUCACCAGACCACAGAAGAUUCUGUAGAUUGUGAGAUCCUUGUCAAUUUCCAGUUCCCUCCAGACAAUCAACACAGUGAAAAUAAAGGUUAUAUCAAGGUGAGGAUUGAAAGCACACGAAAAGAGUCUGAUCCUCUUCAUUUCGAGCGAUUGGAUUUGUCAUCAGUUGCUGGUUACAUGAGUGAAGCAGAACGAUCCAUCUGGAGGAUGGACAUGGAGAUCAUCUUGGUUCUUGUAUCUACCACACUCGCAUGUGUAUUUGUGGCAUUACAACAGUUUCAUGUGAAAAAACAUCCUGAUGUGCUUCCCUCGAUUUCCAUCCUGAUGCUACUGAUUCUAACCGUUGGCUACAUGAUACCUCUUAUGCUAAACUUUGAUGCUAUGUUCACUGACAAGACCAACCGCCAAUAUGUGCCACUGGGAAGUGGUGGAUGGCUUGCAGUUCAUGAGGUAAUUGUAAGGGUUAUAACAAUGGUAGCUUUCUUGUUGCAAUUCCGUCUUCUGCAGCAGACAUGGUCGGCAAGAUCAGCAAAUGGGAAGCAAAAGGAGCUUUGGGAUGUGGAGAAGAAGGUUUUACCGCUGUAUCCAAUUGGGUAUUUAGUUGCUUGGGCAGUGAUUCCCAUUUCUAUGGACUUGAAAUCUUAUGCUGGUUUGGUCUUGGACGGUUAUCUGUUGCCUCAAAUUCUACUCAACGUGGUCUGCAAAUCAAAGGAAAGGGCUCUGUCUGUUUCAUUCUAUAUUGGAACAACUUUGGUUCGAGUGCUGCCACAUGCUUAUGACCUUUACAGGACUCACAGCUCUGUUCAUCAACAACUUGAUGAGUCAUACAUUUAUGCCAGUCCUGCUGGAGAUUUCUACUCUACUUCGUGGGAUGUAAUUAUUCCUAUUGGAGGUCUACUGUUUUCUCUGAUCAUUUUCUUGCAGCAGAAAUUUGGAGGUCGUUGCUUUCUUCCUCAGAAGUUGAGAGAGCUGGGUUCAUAUGAGAAAGUCCCUUCCGUUAUUGAAGCCGAAUUGCCAACCUAA